UGCGUCUCAUUAAUAUUAAUGAGCCAUUCGCAACCGGCUGUGAUUGGCUUACACACCAGUUUCCAGGACAACUCAUAACACCGAUGGUUUCAUUGACGAACAUUAUAGACUGUUUCGAAGUUAGACGUAGGCUUUCGUCACCGUGUUUUAUUAUUGAAAAUACUAAAAAUAUCAAGAAUUUAAUGAGAGGCUUUACAUAUAUUGUUCAAUAGGACUAGAUGUACUCAUUUAGAUUGACUCAUUUAAAAUUCGAAAAGCUUAGAUAACAAGCAGUUCCAUGGAUGAACUGCCAGAGCAAAGUGAAAGUGACCUAAGCCUUGGAGUUGAAAACACAGACUUAAAUAAUGACGAGCCAGUCCAGGAAAUACAAGCUAAUGAGACAUCAGAAAAGGACCAGUCUCCAUCUCCUAAUGCUAGUGCUGAAAAUGCAGAAGGUGAAGCCCUGGAUCAGAAAACAGGAGAGGCUGAUGAAGCCACGUCAACGGAGGCCCUGGCUGAGACAGGUGUGGCAGGAGGAGACACACCUGAGCCCGGAGAAGACGCCGAAGACGAGGCGCCCGCGGUGGCCGACCAGGCCACCAGCGUGGCGUUCGACGAGGGCGACGGCCCAGAGGCGACAGACCUCAACGGGGAACCCCUCUCCCGUGACGGGAGCGUCAUCCUUGAGGUGGAGCAAGACGACCACAGCGACCACAGCCCUGUCCGACUGGAACUAGGGACGCCGAAGAGCGGGAGCUGCAGCCCGGAGCCGCAAAGUGAGAAGAUAGAAGAGCGGCCCCCUCCGGCGGAGGAAGCAGGCCCGAGGAUCGACUACAAGGAGCAAGUGAACCUUCUCCACGAGCUCCAGAUGGAGAAUGAGAAGCUGAGCCAGCUGGACAGCCAGCUGCAGAUGAAGCUGGUGGAGUACAUCCGGAAGAAGACCGGGGACGAUACGCAGAAGGAGAAGGCUGCGUUGGACCAGGAGCAGCGUUACCAGAAAUACAUGGCCAUGAUGGCAGACCUCAAGUUGCAGCACCAGCGUGACUCUGAGGCGGGGCGGUUGCAGGCGGAGGACUUGAGGCUGCAGGUCCAAGAAAAACUGAGCCAGGUGGAGAGUGAGUGGCAAAGCGUCAUGGCGAUGAAGCGCGACGUCGCCGUGGCGGCCCUGAGCCGGCGUCUGGGGAAGCAGGCGGCGCAGGCGGAGGUGGAGCAGAUCCAGGCUGCCGAGCAGCGGCGGGAGAACGAGCUGGUGCGCGUGCGCCUGGAGAACAUCAAGCUGAAGAACAAGACCAGGAAGUACGAGGGGACGCUGCGCGCCAAGGAGGAGCUGGCCGAAGGGCUCCACCUCAUCGACUUUGAGCAGCUGAAGAUCGAGAACCAGACGUACAACGAGAAGAUCGAGGAGCGCAACGAGGAGCUGCUGAAGCUGCGCAAGAAGAUCACCAACACGGUGCAGGUUCUGACCCAUGUGAAGGAGAAGCUCCAGUUCGUCCAGACAGAGAACCUGGCCAAGCGGGCCCAGCAGGCUGAUGUGGAGGCAGUGUUGGCCUGCAGGCGGGACGUGCUCACCAGGACCAAGCAGGCCCGUGACGGUCUCCGCACGGACAACCUGCGGCUGCGGCAGCGCAGCGGCCUGCUGGGGAACGAGACCCUGCUGAGGGACUUUGAGGAGAAGGUGGACGCCUCCGACGGCCUGGAGGAGAGGCUGGAGAGGCUGAAGCGCCGCCACGCCGAGCUCAUCCUGAAGUGUGCCGGCGUCAAGAAGAAGCUGGAGCAGACCAAGCCCCAGUCACAGUGA